AGAGAAUGAGAAGAGCGUUCCGAUAUUCAAUAAAUGAAUGCUUUUGAAUCCAAAUACAUGGAUAUAUCCAUCAAAAUGCCACCAUUAUGGUUCAGUGAAUUACAUGAUUAACAGCAACAGUUUGAAUUUACUUGUUUUUGUAAUCCCAUGUAGGUUGACGCUUAAGUUUAUGCAGUCCUCCCUUUUAAUAACUCCAGUUGAAUGGGAAUUUGAAUGAGACAAGAGGGUGCUUCCAAAUAUGUCAAGUAGCUAAGGAUGAAUGGGUACUGCAUGGUAUCUUGUGUCUAUUUUGGGUUCAAUGUUAUCUUCCGUCUUCAUCUCCAAGGAACCAGCUCAUUUGGAUUUGUCUGCUCAUAUCCAAGUGAUAUUUCCGAUGUUUCUUGUUUGAUUUGAGCAACCGAAAAUCUUGAAUGAAAUAGGAAUUUGGGUUUUCAUCUAGAUUUAUGCAGAACUUUCCCUUCAGCUUGUUUAUAAUGUAAACAUCGGGGAACAGGUUUUUCUUCAUUGCACUAUAACAACCUUCUAACCAUCUCCAACUUUUGUUUCUCAUGCCCAGACAAAAAAUGUCUCUCAUCCUUUCUUGCUUGUGGCCUUCUGCCCUAGUGUCCAUGUUGUUAAUUGCUAUGUGCAGUUUAUCAGAUUGCUAUGACCCCUUGGAUCCAAAUGGAAACUUUACGGUUACCUUCGACACAUAUGAUUGGGCAGAUGAUGGCUAUUUGGCAAAAGUAACCAUCCAAAAUUUCUACCAGUAUCGUCAUGUGGACAAACCUGGUUGGCAGCUUGGAUGGGUUUGGCAACAGAAUGAGGUGAUUUGGUCAAUAACCGGUGCGUUUGCUAACGAUCAAGGAAAUUGCUCGGCGUACCAGACUGAUAUACCACACUCCUGUAAGAAAAAUCCUGAAAUAGAUGACCUCACGCCAGACGCCUUGUUGGACAACAAAUUGGAGGACUGCUGCCGGGGUGGUGUACUUGAUGCUUGGGCUAUCAACCCUUCCAAGUCAUUAUCUUCGUUUGGAAUUAAAGUCGGAAAUUUGGGAGGAUAUCCUUUUAAUGGAAAUCCACCUCUCAAUCUUACUUUGAAGGCACCAGGUCUUGGUUACACCUGUGGGCCUCUUUUGAAUGUUGACCCCACAGUUUCUAUGGAUUUUGGGGGUAGACGCCAACGUCCAGUUUUCAGAACUUGGAAAGCAACAUGCACUUAUUCCAGUUUUUUAGCUAGUGAUUCUCCAGUCUGUUGUGUUUCACUCUCUUCAUUUUACAAUUCUGAGAUCACAUCAUGCCUCAAAUGUAGCUGUGGAUGCAGACCAGUAACAGACAAAAAGAUGGAUACAUGCAUUAGGCAAGCCUACCCUUUAAGAACGUCAGUAGAAUAUGAUGGGGAUGGUCUUGACACAGUGAAAUGCACUGAUCAUAUGUGCCCGAUUCGUGUUCACUGGCAUCUUAAGACUAACUACUUGACUCACUGGAGAGUUAAACUUACAAUUACUAAUUACAACUAUAUGAAAAACUUCUCAAAUUGGAAUGUACUGGUCCAGCACCCUGGUCUCAGCAAGGAAGCAAGAACGUACAGUUUCAACAGUACAAUUCUUCCUACUGGGUUUAGAGAUGCAGCUGCCCUGUACUGGGGCAUACCCUACGUCAAUGAAGAGCUGAUUGCAACAACUGAGGUUGGAGUGGGUUCAGUCUCAACAGAGAUACUUCUGGAAAAGGACUCAAACUCCUUCACAUUAAAAAAUGGAUGGGGUUUCCCUAGAAGACUAUAUUUCAAUGGAGAAAACUGUCAGAUGCCCUUACCAGACACUUACCCAAUGUUGCCAAAUGGCACUGGAGGUCAAGAAAUCAAUAUACCGAUCGACUCCAUUAUGAUUGACCUCAAGGAUCUACCACGAUACGAUGCACCCGAGUGGGCGAACGACAAUGUUGAUGUGCCUACAGAUGAGGAGGAAUGGAAGUCUGAUUCUGACGAUAGUGAUGAUAUUUAUUCUAGUUCAAACAAGGAUUAA